UAUAAAAAGUACAUGGUGUUGUUUUAAGUGGGAGAAGGGAAAAAUUUUCAUUAAGAUCAUGGGCGCAGAGUAUCUUUUUUCACCAAUAGAGAUUUUCUCAAAUUUAACUAAAACCCCUUUAUUGAAAAAAUAUUUUUUCUUUUCUUUCAGCAUUUUUCUUAAUGACUUUGAAUAUGGACAGUUAACUAAGGGUUGUCAUAUUCUGUAAAUCUGAUGGGUUUUUUUGUUGUUGUUGUUUGUUUUUCUGGCUAUCCUUUGCCUCUAUUUAAAAUAAGUUGAAGAAAAUAUCCUCAUACUUACUGAGUACUCAUAAUAUUAUGAGAAAUUUAUAAUAAAAAGAAUGCAUAAAUAUAUCAUCAAUUUUAUUGUUCUUAAUUGGGCCAUUUGCCUUUUCAAAGAGGACUCUGUCAGGCUGAGAUGAUUAUGUGCAAGAGGCAAAUGAAAAUGCUAAGUAGUGGCCCCCAUGGUACACUGCAAAGAGCACUAGUCUGAGAAUGAUAGUUCAAAUGCUUCCGAAUGCUGAGGAAGCUCUUUAAAUCUUUUACUCACUUCCCUCCCUUCCUCCCUUCCUUCUCCCCAUGGGUAAACACAGGAAGGCUAACAUAUACUUUCAUUUUCACUGUCUUGCUUUGCCACUGAGUUAGAUGGACCAUGGCUGAACAAAAGAAGAUUAUUGAUCCAUUGAAGAGUAUAAAGACUAAGCCCACAAAAAUGAUUAAAAAUAUUUUUGAUGAUUUGAUUGAGCAAGAUGUUAUCAAUCCAAACCAGAUAAGGGACAUGAAAAAAGAUUUUUUAAUAGUAAAGGAUAGGAGUGAAAACCUCAUCAAGACUGUCACUCAUAAAAGUAGCCAAAUUAGCCAAAUCGUUGUGAAAAGAUUUUUGACAGCUUCACAGCAACUGCAUUCAGCAAUCCAAGGAGAAGAUGAAAAUUCGGAGGAAAUUGAAAAUGCAGGGAUGUCACAAACAGUAGCUUCCAUUUUAGCACCUCGGGCUAUUCAGGCAGCUGAACCCCUAAACAAGGUCAAGCUCAGCCCUCCAGAUUUCUAUGAAGAAUUGAAAGAAGCAAAGAAUGAAGAGAUAUAUGCAAUUAUGGAAAAGAAAACCCGUAUGCGUCUGGCCCUCAUCAUCUGUAACACUAAAUAUGAUCAUCCAAAUGAGCAAAAUAAGGCUAAAUUUGACAUUCAGAGAAUGAAGGAGCUACUUCAGGACCUGGAUUAUAGAGUGGAUAUCAAAGAAAACCUUACAUCAUUGGAAAUGAAGUCAGUGUUGGAGAAGUUUGCUGACCGUCCAGAACACCAGUCCUCAGAUAGCACCUUCCUUGUGUUCAUGUCUUGUGGCACCAGUAAUGGGAUCAUUGGGAUAGAUCAUAAACAAGAAGACCCAGAUAUCCUGGCCAAUGAUACCAUCUUUGAAAUUUUCAAUAAUAGUAACUGUAGCACACUGAGACAUAAACCCAAAGUUAUCAUUAUCCAUGCAUGGCAAUUAGGAAACAGCCUGGUUUCUUGGGCUGGCAAAUUGCCUUCUGCACUGGGACUGGAUCCUGCCCCACUGAUCUGCUUUGCUACUGAUCCAGGACAGAAGAUCUCAGUUGCUGAUGUACUGUGAUUAAGAUCCUCUCACUGGCUUUCCCAGAUUUCAUCUGAGCUGGAUUAAGCUCCCCUUUUACCCUAAUGAGAUUGACCUUUCUUGAAGUCCUUCUAAUCUUUUUUAAACUUCAGAGUGUUUUCAUUCCAUUAAACUCUGUUCGGAGACUUGUUUUCAUGUGGUUUUUGAGGGAAACUGGGAAAGCUUGAACAGCUUCCUAGGUUCAUUCUGUCAUCUUGGCUCUGACCCGGAACUAGGAAAUGUUUUAUAACUUUAUUAAUAUAGCUCCUGACUUUGUCAUGGCAGGUAGAUUCACAGAUAUUUUAUAUUAACUACAGACAUCUUAAAUGGAAUUUCUCCCCCUCCCCACCUUGUUGCUGAGCUGUAUUCGUAAUAUAUAGAAAUGCCAAUGAUUUAUAAGGUUUUAUUUUAUAUCUUGUAACUUUGUUAAAACUGUUAAUUAUUUCAUGUAGUUUUUUAGUUAGUUCUCUAGGAUUCUCUAAGUAUAUCAUCAUAGACUUUGCAAAAAGUUAUAGUUUUGUUUCCUCAGUGCCAAUAUUCUAUUUCCUUCCAUUUCUUUUUUUCUCUUAUUUCUAAAGCAAACAAGUCUAGUACAAUUUUGAAUAAUAGUAAUGAUUAUGAGCAUCCUUAUUUUACACCUUAUUUUAUUGAGAAUGCUUCUAACUUAUCCCCAUUAUAUAAAAAAAAAAAAAAAACUUGUUAAUGGUUUCUACUGUUUCUAAUAGGAAAGGGUGCUAUAUUUUGUCAAAAGGUUUUCCUGCAUCAAAAGAGAAUACAAUUAAUGCUAGUUUUCUAAUUGAUAUUGUCAAUUAAUUCUGAUACUUUUCCUAAAAUUGAAACAGCCCUGUGUAAAGGGCUUAAAAGUUGUGCUUGAAUCAGAUAACCUAGCACUUAAGGCUAAUUAUCUAUUUGAUAUGAGACAAUGAGUCUAUUAGCAUAUGUUUGGAAAAAUGGCCCUUCUUUCUGUUCAGUGCUUACUCAAUGUUUUGUGUAUACAGAUAAUAGGCAAGGAUUAGAGGGUGGGGUAAAACAAAUCAGACUUCACUUGGACAGAAGGAGGAGGAGAAGAGAGAUGGUGACUUUCAACUGAGAAUCCAGGAGCCUUGUGGCAGUUUUGUCUGUCUCCUUCACUUCUCCCCCUGAAAAACAAGGACUUUUGCUUAUCCUGACUCCGGUUGUUACUGAGACCUCCAGGGAGCUAGCCCAGACUUUACAGCCCUGAAUUUCUGCUAUAAAUCCCACCUGAUCAUAGAGUAUUAUCAGGUCCUAAAUUGCUGCAAUUUCUUUGCAGCAAUACUACAAAUACACUUUAUUUAAAUUGUUUUCAUCAAUAGUCUUUAAGAAAAUUAUUCUGUAAUUCUCUUUCUCUGUAUUGGCUCUUCCUGGUUUAGCUAUCAACUCUAUCAUGAGACAUAAAAAGGAUUUGGCAGGACUUCCCCUUUGCCUAUUUUUAAAUAGUUUACAUAGUAUUGGAACUGAUUUUGUUUUUUUUUAAAAUGCAGUGAAGAAUUUAUUUGUAAUUCCAUUUUCUCCUGGAGAUUUUUUUCUUGAGGAAUUUAUUGAUUU